UGAGUUCUGGUUCAUCUGUACGGUCCAUCACAUCCGGCACUUCAUUGUUUGUCACUAGGUCCUCUGUGAGUUGUGGUUCAUCCGUCUUGUCCAUCAGGUCAGGUACCAAUCCAUCUGUCUGUUGCUCUGUUGUGGGUUCUGUCUCGUUUGUCCGGUCUGUCACAUCCGGCACUUCAUUGUCUGUCACUGACUUCGCUAUGAGUGCUGGCUCUUCCUUAAGUCCUGGUUCGUCCGUAAGUUCUGGCUCGUCUGCCAGUCCUGGUUCAUCCCUCACGUCCAUCAGUGUCACCGUUCAUCCCUCACGUCCAUCAGUGUCACCGUUCAUGUGUCCAUCUCGAGGUCCUGGUACAGAGGAGCGUCCACACUCCCCUGUAGCUCCAUGUCUAAACUAUCUU